AUGGACAAAUGGACGACGAAUAUGAGCUGCGAUGGUAUGGAACUGUCAUCGGAUUCUGACCUGUCUGAAAUUUUUGGAGAAAUUGGAUACAAAGGUAAAAAUCAAAAUACAUACAUCAAGAGACGCCUACUGUCAAGUAGCUCGGAAUCUGAUUCUGAAAACAUUGAGGAAUUACCAGACAUCGAUCCGCGGCAAUUUCUUUGGAGCGCACAAAAUUUGGCUCCAAAAGUUUUUGAUUUUGAUGAAAAUCUACCAGGAAUUAAAGCAAAUAUUGACGAUAAAUCGUCAAUAUUAGAAAUUUUUCAACUUUACUUUUCCGAAAAUAUCGGAGUAAGCAAUAAUUAUUAUACCACGAAAACUGUACGCAGUAGGCACUCACGAUUGAUGACAUGGAAAAAUACAACAGUGACCAAAAUGUAUCGAUUUUUUGCUUUGUCGAUGUUACUGUCAAGAGUAAAGAAAGUGUCAAUAGAGGAAUAUUGGUCAAACGACGAAUUAUUACGAACGGAAAGUUUUCCAAGAAUAAUGACAAAAGACAGAUAUAAAUCUCUAUUACAAAUGCUGCACUUUCACGACAACAAUGAGACAACAAAUCAAGAUAUGCUAAUAAAAAUUCGGAGCAUCAUCGACAGACUGCGAAAUUCUUUUUCACGAGUAUUUUACCCGUAUAAGUAUUUAUGCAUCGACGAAAGCUUGCUGCUUUUCAAAGGACGAUGUUUCUUCAAGCAGUAUAUACCUUCAAAACGAAGUAGAUUUGGAAUCAAGUCGUAUGUUAUCUGUGACUGUUAUACUGGAUAUAUCCUAGAUUUUAUUGUCUAUUGUGGAGCGCGCACGGAUACAACUAACAAUAAUCAUUUAGCAGAAAUUGGCAAAUCAGGAAAUAUUGUUAUGACGCUGAUGGAAACAUAUUUAAAUAAAGGUCAUGUUUCGGUCACCGAUAACUGGUACUCAAGCCCGAUUGUAAAUUCCAUUAAUACUGUUCGUAAAACUCUGAAAUGGUAUAAGAAAUUCUUUUUCCACAUGCUGGACCUUUCGAUUUACAAUGCUUACAUACUCUACAAAAUUAUUAGGUGUACAAAUGAAUAA